CGUUCUAAUCGCGCGCAACGCCGGUCGGUCCCUCGCCUCGCACGGUGCAUCGCGCGUGCUUCAGAUAUUCAAAGCACCUGCAUGCGACUUCCGAGCACCGGGUUAUAAGAAGUGCGCGGAUUGUGAAGGAGUAACUUAUCGUGUGGUGGCUGGACAGCAAUGUAAGGCAGUGAUGGCACUCACAAGUGACAUAGUGUUAGUAACGCUGCUGUGCGUGGUUCGCGACGGUGCGCCUGCGCGGUUUCCCGAUCUAUUUCCCUUGCACGGCUGGUGGACGAAUGCAGACCGCAUGCAAGACAGCUCAGACAUACAAGUGGUGUACCUACCAGCACUACUGCCGAGAGAAGCACAGCUUGCCUCCGACAAACAAUCAGAGGACAUCCCAUUACCGUACAGCUUUGAUGCUUUUGGAAGGAAUUUUGAGCUGCAAUUGGUGCCGAAUCGUCGUCUUGUCUCCCCUGAGUUUCGAGUUUGGUCAGACCAGGGUCAAGAAGUUACGCUCUCGGCCGUAGACUCUUCCUGCCACUUCCAGCAUGCAGGGUCUAAUGCAGUCGCUGCAUUCUCAGCAUGCAGAGAUCAUGCUCUUCAUGGAUUGAUUGUCGUAGACAACUCAACUUAUGAAGUACGCCCUCUGCCACUCGGCAGCGGGCGGGCGGAAAACGGUAGCGGCCGCACGGCGCAUGUUAUUCGUCGCGCACCGCCGCCUGCACCGCCCGGCGAUGACGCACGUCUAUUGCGACCGCGCGUGCGCAGACCACGGGCCUACCCGCCACGACUCAAGCCUGGUCCACCCAACUACACCAUUGAACUAGCUUUAUUCCUUGACGAAGCUGCUUACAAAAUAUUCUACCCUUAUCUCAACUACAGCGAGUCAGAUCUUCGUGAUAUGCUUCUAGCAUACAUUAAUGGUGUGCAAGCGCUGUACCAGCACUCCUCUCUGGGUACUCACAUUCAGCUGUCACUUGUGCGCUUGACGCUGCUGCGAUCACAACCAUCUUCUCUACCACCGCAUGCAGAACGAGGCCGAUUGCUUGACUCAUUCUGUGCGUACCAGCGAUCAUUGAAUGUAGACGAUGACGAUGAUCCUCAGCAUUGGGACAUGGCCCUGCUGCUAUCAGGGUUGGACUUCUAUUCAGAGGAAGGAGGUCGUCGAAAUGGAGUGACGAUGGGUCUGGCGCCAGUGGGCGGUGUGUGUUUACCAGCACAUGCGUGUGUGGUUUCAGAAUUCGGCACAUCUGAUAUGCUCGGCCGGCCCUAUCCCUCUGCUGGCUUCACCUCUGUCUAUAUCCUAGCGCAUGAGAUUGGACACAAUCUGGGAAUGCAUCAUGAUGGGACGGGCAACAACUGCGCUCGCGACGGCUACAUCAUGUCUCCUUCGCGCGGGACCAAUGGCGAGGCAUCCUGGUCUACUUGCAGCGCUCGCGUCGUUGCCGAUUUGCAAUGGGCAACUUGCUUGUUUGAUGGCUCUGAUGACUUGGAUGCGCCCAGUGAGCUCCAGCACGAGAGGUUUGGUGGAGCUCCCGGAGCUGUAUGGAGUGCAAAGAAGCAGUGUGAGAUUCUGUUGCGUGACGCUGACGCUGCCCCGUCUCCAAGCGGUCCAGCAGGCGAACACUGCUCCCAGCUUGCCUGUCGCACGCCACACCGAGCUGGGUACUACUACGCUGGACCUGCACUACCUGGCACGCCCUGCGGAAUGCACAUGUGGUGUCAAGGAGGCGAGUGUGUGCCAGCGAAGGCUCUGCCAACAUCAAGUACCACGGCGAAACCUGACAAGGAUAUCGACAACACUAUAUCAGGAGGUUGGAGUCCCUGGAGAGAAGCAAGCUGCCAGUCUGGCUGUUCUGACAGGAGUCGAGGGUUCAGGGAGCGACGGCGAGUGUGUACGAAGCCCUCGACAGACGCAUGCCAAGGAGCUUCGUAUGACGUCGUGUUGUGUGAUGAUACCAAGGUUUGCGGCAAAAAAACCCGUGUAGGUGCAAGUGAGCUGGCGUCACGUAAGUGUGCGGAGUAUGCAUCGCUGCUACCAGAGCUGGACCCUCGUGGAGGUGGUCUUCAGGCACCGCAUGAUCCCACUCGUAUGUGGAUGGGAUGUGCUGUGUUCUGCCGACGUGCUUCGGGAGGAGGUUUCUAUGCUCCACGGGUUGAGCUGAACGAUGCAGGCAAGGACCCUUAUUUCCCCGAUGGUACCUGGUGUCAUAACGAUGGAAGUCAAGACUACUACUGCCUUCAACAUCACUGCCUACCUGAGAAUUUCAAGAUGAACGCGCAAUGGCAUAUUUGGGAGCUUCCAAGUCAAGAUGUGUCGGGCCCAUUCAAUGCACGCGCGUUGUCAACUCCUGAUGAUGAAGCGGCCGCCGCCGCGAUCAAAGCUUACUUAUCCCUGGACAAUGCAGGAGUUCCCCUAACCAGGUCUGCCUUACCACCUCAGAUUCCUGAAGAGCCUGAAGAGAAUUGGGAAGUGGUAGAUUAUGUGGAUGUUCCCAAGCAGAGGAAAAGAAGUCCUAGAGGUUAUUCACCGGGUACAUAGCGCUGUGUCAUACAUACAACAAGAGUCAGAGGUUAUCAUACCAGUCCGUUUAUUGAAAUGAUUUAUACAGGUGAUUGAAAUGUCUAUUUUGGUAUCGAAAAGUUCCAUCUCGUAAAUUGUCAUUUGUUUACAUGAUAUUCAUGUUCAAUGGACACUUCUAUAAACGAAUUGUGGUGAAUAUAACUUUGAAAGGCUCAUUGAUUUUGUCCUCAAACACACUAUUAGCAGAUCAUUGUAAUAUAAUUCUAAGUACCUACCAUUAUCUUGCCAAAAUGUAAUUUAAUUUAUUUAAGUUAGAAUUAAGUUUGGGGUGCAACCAGUGCCUUACUGAAGCAUUUAUUAGUAUCGACAGUAUUAGAAAGAGUAUUAGGAAUUAUGUAUUUAUUUUUAAGUAGCCAUUAAGUUAAAUUACCAUUUAC